AUGACCGACCCAGAUGCCAGCCCAUCAUCCAACCUUCGUCCGCGCCGAGCAACCAAACAACCCGACCUCGAUUCUGACCGCCAUGAUCAUGCCUCGACAGCCAUCUCUCGCCAGGACCACCAGGUCACGACGAACCUCCCUGACGUCUCUGUAACUUCCUCGGAUCUCAACGACGUCAAGGAUGACUACGACGACGCCAGUAUACCGCCUGAUCAGCGACUCCCCCGUUCCCAUCACCCUCGCGCCGAUGACCGAAAUUUCUCUAAAGGCGCCCUCCGUGCUCAUAAGCACAGAACGAAUGGCGCAUUUCUCCUUUCGGAUCCCGCCCUCGGCGCGCAUACUCAACAUACCCAACUACAGUUACCUAAGAGGCAGAGCUUGUUAGAGCAUGGCAGGAAUAAGAUCACUAAGAAUGGCCUGGACAGGUCGCCUGGCCGGCACAAACUUACGGGCCCCUCAAACGAAGUAGGCUUGGGGCUUGUUCAGCGCUCAGGGUCGACAACUGAGCCAUCUGUUCGACAACCAUCCUCCAUCAACGACAGUGCGGUCACGUCGAACCGCGGCUCUUCGGCGGGUGAGACAGUCAUUGGAACAAAUCCAUCCCCACGAACCAGCAUGGCGCUCCUGGAUAUGGAGUCGGCCCAUAUCGUGAACAUGGCUCUUAACCUGAGCGAGUCGAGAAGGAUAGCGUCGCGAAGGAUCAUCUCUCAGCCAGUGCCUUCAAGACUAGGACCAGUGCCGGAAAACAGUACCGGAGGAAGUCUUCGACAACACCUGCAGCAGCAGAGAAAAGUUUCGCGGAAUAUGUCACCUAGACCGGACCACUCCCCGCGCAUCGCAUCUGCACGGUCACUGCAAGCUUCAGCCGGUCUCGAAGCAUACCAGUACCACUUUUCCCAGUCGACCUUGGCAAGAGCGCAGAAGGCAAGGGAAUACUUGGGGCUGAUGGCACAAUACAGACGGCUAUUAGAACUGCUACCCCCAUUGAAGGCCGCCCGAUCAGCAACAUAUUCCACCGUUAGCCCUCCCCUGACGCCUAAUGGCCCUAACUUCCCUUCAAGACCAACCACUCAUGACGCUGAAACAACGAUUGGUCGUCCUUAUAAUCCGCUGCAGUAUAUCCGCAACAGAAAAAUUCGGGCUCGUGAGAAAAAGACAUUGGAUGGAGAGGGUCAGGGCUUCAACGAUGUUGAAAGGGUUUCUGAAUGGGUUGACGAAGUAGCCAAAUGGAUCGCCAAGGGCCAGGACCGAAUACCGGGAAACCCUUCGAUACCUCCGUUCUCUCCGACUCGUAUUCUCUCUCAGGAAAUCCCGCCCCAGUCCCUCGGCUCUAAGCCGACAACAGCAACACCCAAAUUGAAACGACCACGGGUUGAUUGGGCCGUAGAUCCGGCAGAUAUGAUCGCAGACAUCUAUUGGCUUGAACAGGACGACAACAAGUUCCUUGUAGAGGAUAGGAAUUGGAAACGCCUCUUUCCCCAAGGUGGUGCCGAAAUUUACCGUUCGCUCUCAAGAGAUGAUACUCCAGGCUCAAGCAAGAUCUUUUCCAACUCCAACAGCAUCACGGCUCUAGACAAGGCUCGCACGGAACAGUCACCCCAAGUUCAACCGCACGGCUUUAGUGCCAGUCGGGCUCGGGACAAAGCACAACAGAAACUUCGGGCGAUCAGGGAAUCCCACCAUCGAGCCAACAGCUCCAUAUACAAUCGCGAUAUUCUUCGCAUCCAUAGACGCUCCUUUUCAGAGUCGUCUGAUACAGACAGCGAUCGGAAGCGACGGGGCAGACACGGGACCAUCUCCAGUAGUGGUAAGGACAUACUGGCAAGGCAGAUGGAAGACAUGAUUGCUCAGGAGCAGAGAGAUAUCGAAGCGCAUCCUCUUUAUGACCAGGAUACGCAACAGCUGAAGCUCCCAGAUGCUGGAUUAGCGAUGCCCGAAAAGGGUCAGGAGUGGCCGCGGAUUACAUCGACGUCUGAUGGGGCUGACAAUGUUGAAGGCCGCAGGCCGGCAUCCCGCUCUGAGCCGGCUGAUUUGGAAGGUUCUAAUACCAAGUACCAAGCCAAGCCAGCCCCGGCACAGGUUCUCGCUGGACGGGCUGGCGUUGGGUCACUGAGUGGCGAUGGGCGGAUUUCAACGGAUUACGAUACAUCACCGCCAUAUUCGCCUGACUUGCGGCCAAUGCAUGACGCACUAAUUCCUAGACUAAGCACGGACAUGUCGGCAAGGCCAUCGAGACCAAGCUCACCGAUAGCGAGGUCACCGAGCAAAAACCCCCUGACCAAAGUUAGGAGCAUAUUCCGAGAUCGCAGUAACGAGCAUUUGGCUGAGCUCCCAUCACACAUCGGAAGAGACGAGAACCCCGAAUCAACGCAGUUUCUGUACGAUCGGCAACCAGUAGAGUCUCCAACCACACUAGGAUUUGGAACUGGCAUGCUUUCACCUCCCAAGCGGAAGACCUCCCGUAGUCCUCUUCGCAAAAUAGUGACAAAAGGAACCGACUCUAGCCAAAAGUCGAAUAAGAGCACAGGGAUUUACAAACUUCGGGAGGAUGGUAACAGUAGCCUGAAAGGGCUAUUCCGGGGUCAACGCAUUGAUAGUGUUUUGCGUAGUGGUGUUUCCAAAGUCAGCGAUAUGUUCUGGCGAAAAGAGGCUGCCCCAGGUCCCUUGGACAAGUAUGAUUCUUCGGAUGAGUCUGAUGCGGAGAGUCGAGGAAGGUCCAGAUCCUUACCCAGGUCGCCACCACGAAAAGCCAGUCGUAGUCCGUCUAACCACGGAAAGGCGAACGGGGAGAAGAACUACCUGGAUGUUAUGCCACAGUUUAUACCCACCGCGGAAAAGCGUCAUAGCAAGACCAAGUCCGUUGGCGGCUCGAUCGACCCGAACGGUUUGCUUAGCGCUAGUCCCCCUUCGCAACCGCUCAGCCGUCGGUCCUCCCGCUUUGAACUUCUGAAACCGCCCAAAAUCGACAUUCAGAAUGCAUCGCCGACGUCAUCUCCAGGUCCGCUGGAGAUCACUUCCUUACGUCCAUGGGGGCCUUCCGACGUACCUGACGUGGAAGGCUCGCGGAAGAGCAGCGUCAAUACAGACGCUGGUGGUGUACAAGACGCCGACGCUCGCCUGAACGCCAUGUUAUCCAUGGCUAAAGGACGUCAACUCGCCAACAGUUCCUCAGCAGGAUGCUGGUCCAUAGCCGCCGACCGAGAGAACGCCACUCCCGUCCCUCCCCAGACCAUCGUUUCCAAGCGGGAGAUUGCCCGAUUACGUGCGCUUCUCCUAAGCUCCGGCAUCCACGCAAUGGAAAUCGACAGGCGCGCUAAAGCCGACAAGCUCUUGAACACCUCCAACAAGACCGACCACGAAAACGCCAACACCACAACCGCUGAUAGCCACAUCAACAACAACUCCCGUCUCUCCUGGCCAGACAUAGUCGCCCUCUCCCCCGACCCUUCCACUCGUCAACAGCUCCUUGUCCGCCCCGUUUCCCAGAUCGAUGUCUUCCCCUUGGCCGCCAACAUCCUCUCCACCUCCAUCCAAAACUCUGCAACGGCAUUCCAGUCCUCCGUCGCCGUCUUCCAAACCCAAACCGCCCCGCACAUGACCAACCGUGUCGAAGCGCUGCGGAGCCGAAUCAGCGGCGAGCUGACGGAGAUGACGAGGCGAGCGGCUGAGGAGGCGGACGACGCCGGCGGCGAUCUGAUGACACACCAGCGGCUGAAGGUGAAGAGGGUGGUGGAUAUGAUUGACCGAAUGGUGAGGAGACGGCGGAGGCGCUUUAGGUGGGUGAGGAGAGCUGGGUGGUUGGCGGUUGAGUGGGUGCUGGUGGGCUUUAUGUGGUAUGUGUGGUUUGUGGUGAUGAUUGCGAGGGUGUUUUUGGGGAUUGGGAGGGGAGUGGUUGGGGUGGGGAGGUGGUUGUUGUGGUUGUAG